AUGAAAAUAAGUUUAUCAUUUAAUAAAAAAAAAAAGGAAGAAAAUGAAACAAAGGAGUCCAAAGGAGACCAAAAAAAUGACAAUAAUUUUAAAGACAAUAAAAAAGGAACUAAUGAAAGAGAUAAAAUAAAAGAUGUUUUCAAUUCUUCAAGUGAUGAAGAAACUUUUGAUUUUGAAAAUAAUCAUAAUAAAAAAAUAGCAGAAAAAAAAAAAAAAGAAAUUGAAAAUGAAAUAAAGGAGUAUAUAUAUGAGUAUGAAAAUGCUUCAGUUCAGGAAGAUAAAAAUGAAAGGGACACAAAAAAAAGUGAACAACCAAAAAAAGGAAUACAAUAUUUAGGAUAUAAAGGUGAAGAAUUAACAAAAUAUCAUAGUGGUAAGUUAAAAGAAAGUGGAAACAAAAAUCAGUAUAGUAGUAAUGAUAUUAAAAAAAAAACAUAUGGGCCAUCUAAAGAAAUUGAUAAUGAUGUUAAAAAAAAAACUUAUGGGCCAGAGUUUAAAAAAACGAAUACGAGUUCUUAUAAAGAUUAUAGAAGAGAACAAGAUUAUGAUAGAAAAAAAAAUAAAAAAAAUGAUGAUGAUGAUUUAAAUAUCGAUGAAAUAUUUACAAAAAAAGAUAAUAACAAUAGUAAUAAUAAAUCUAAAUAUAUGGAAGCAUUGAUUAAUAGUUCAAAAAGAAGAAUGAUGGAAAAAGAAAUAUUAAUACAAAAGAAACUUAAAAUAGAUACAGAAAAGGACAAAGUUUUUGUUACUAAUGCAUAUAAAAAAAAAAUGGCAGAACGUCAACUAAUAAAACAAGACAUUGAAGAAGAAAAUGAAAAUGCAGCAUCGACUAACCAAACAUCUUUGAAUUUUAAUUUAUUCUUAAAAAAUAUUAAUGCUCCUUCAAAUUAUAAUAGAAACAAUCGCCUUUAUAAUGAAAAUCAAAAUUUAGAUGAUUUUUGA